AUGAAUAGCGCUAAAGUUAGCAAGAAAAAGGGAAAGAGCAAAACUCUAAAACAGCCCAAGAACAAAGCUUGUGGAGAACCUCUGUGCAAGGGCGCCAAUACCCAGGACGAUGGGAAAAUAGCAACGGAGUCUCUUGUUUCUAUGGAAGACAACCCAAGCGAACCAUCAACUUCUCUCAGCCAUUCCGCGUGUUCAAUAGGACCCUCAGUUGGAAGUGAGGAAACAAGCUCAUGGCAAGAUGGAAAGGGUAAGCGCCACAACGGGAGUAUAGAACCCCAGACGACUCCGGUGGAUCUUCUGAGACCUUCAGCUGACAAGGCCGCCGGAAACAGAACAAAUGAACCCCUUGAUCGUCAGCACUGCGUAGUCGUCCAGGGCCUAUUGGAGUCGAAUGCUCCUACCCCAAAGGAGAGGAUCUCCGCUGGCCUUAAUAUGCUUCAACACCUACUGAACAAAAUGAUUAAUUCGAAUGAAAAGAUAACCAUUCGCGCAGCCUUCAGGAUCGGAAAGAAGGUGAGCGAACAAUCGGAAACUGUGCGGCAACGACCUCUGAAAAUUGUUUUGAACAGUAAAGAGGAGGCUACCUUACUUCUGUCCAGGAAAAUCAGCCUCCGAAACUCUCACAAGGAAGUUUUUUUCAGCCGGACUAUCCUCCAGCGGAACGUCUGA